AUGAGACUUUCAAAUUUUUUUAAGACUCUAAUCAAUGAUCUUAGCCGAUUACGUUAUUUUUGGCCCCAAAUUCUUCAAGAAGCAAAAUUGAAAGCAUCUGAGCAAGCUACGUUUGGAUUUCAAAAUGAUUUUGUUAAGAAAAGGACAAGAAAAAGGAUAACAAUUCACGGUUCAUCAAACAUGUUGGACGAAUAUGAUAAUGUUAAUUUUUUAUCCACCCUUGAGCUGUUCGGAAAACACAAUAAGACACUUCAGUUCCGUCUAGAAAAUGUUUCUCAACACCAAAAACAAGGAACAAGAAUGCAAGUGCACUGUUUGAGCAGGAGAACUCAAAAUGAGUUCAUUGUAGCAUGUGGUGAAACUGUUUUUGCUGCUAUUAUUGAAAAAGUCCGUACAGCCAUUUAUUUUUCCAUUAUUGUUGAUGGAACUCCGGACUCUUUUCUGCAUAUAACAUCUGCAAAUAAAAAAAUUCUUCAAAAGUCUUCACCAGUUGCACCACAGUUUAAAGAAGUCAGAACAACAUCACGUUCAAUCUAUUUAAGUUGGGAGAUUCCAUAUUUUUCUUUGCGAACAGUAUUACUCUACAAGCAAGAUCAACAAGAAAUUAGUGCCAUACAUAUUUCAAAUGGUGUUCGUAAUCACACAUUAGAAAGUUUAGAGCCUGGUAUGAGUUAUAUGGUGAUAUUACAAAUAUACUAUAGUUCUGCAUAUCUUGAAACUGUUACUAAUAUAAUUACAACAAAGCCGAUUGAUCCUGAUGAUGUUUUAAAAUCUGAAGGAUUUGAAAUUGAAAUUCAGCUAUUGAUUAAAAGUAAUCGUUUGUCCUCUUUUGAAGUAUCAGAAAAAUCAACUACAGAAUUAGCAGAAAAAACCUUGAGAAAAAUUCGAAAGCUGCUAAGCAAUUUUAGUGAUGUUAAAAAUAUAUAUAUUUAUUCUAUCAGGGAAGAGCUUUCAGGUGUGUACUUGAUCAUGUAUCUUAAUGUUACGCAUGUUUCAUCAACGCAGUCACUGUUUGAUCUUAUUUUAAAAUCUCAAAAUGCGCUUGGUUGUGAUCCUAUUGGAUUUACUUUCAAAAUUAUAAGUUUUUGCUGCAAGCCUAUAUAUUUUCAUUCUUUUUCCAAUGAAACUGAGCAUUUUGGAAGUGAGAUUAUACAUUUACAAAUUGUUCAUAGUCAUGCUUUUCAACCUGGUAUAUGUGGAACUUCAUUUGAUAUGAGUAAAGGAGAUAUUACAAUUGAAACAAGAGGUCAACAUAUGUUAACUGCUUUGACAAUAUCGCUGUAUAUAAAACUGAAAAAUCUGAUGGAUUUACAUCCAGUUAUAUCUGCAGUAAAUUUUUAUAGUCAACUAAGGUUAGAGGUUCAGGAAGGUAGGUUGGUUUGGAUGUUUUACAACAUUGGAAACAGCCAAGGAUUUAUAAUUUCAUCAAGUGAUGUUAUAAAGAAAGAUACAUGGAUGCAUAUUCUAGUUGAUUAUAGUACCCAUUCAGGAUUGGGCCGAAUUUUUAUUGAUGGAAAUUUGCAAAAGAAAAAAUUGAGUAAUGCUGUUCUCAGUACACAUUGGAUGCUGGGAUUAAGAAUUGGAAAAUAUUUUUCUGGUGGUGUUGAUUAUAAAAUGGAUGGAUACAUUGAUGAGUUUCAAAUAUUUGGUUGUACACUAACGCUAAGAGAAAUUAGUAUUUUAUCUAAGUCAUGUGGCAAAGUUAACCAGUGUUUGAAUAAAAAAGAUAAUAUUACAAAAAUGACUUCAAUAUUGUUUGACUCCAUCAAAGAAUGGAAAAAAAAUGAUGAACUUCAAUUAAGUGGUGUUUCUGAAUGCAAUUCUGCUGGAGUGUCUCUUGAAGAAACAGAGAGUUCCUUGAACAAGUGCAAGUGCAAGAAAAAUGUGGAGGGUUAUUAUUGUGAAAAAUGUAAAGAUGGUUUUUUUAAUUUGCAACUACAAAAUAAAGAUGGAUGUACAAAGUGUUUUUGUAAUGGUUUGACAAAGAAUUGCCGAAGUGCCAAGCUAGAACGUAAACAAAAUGUUCUUAAUGCUAAUGAUAUAUACAACAUCAACUUGCGCACAAUUGAAGGAUAUCGAGUCAACAAGGAUAACAUAUUAUACAAUCCAAUUACUAACUCUGUUACCUAUAAAGCUGAUUCUCUAGGCAAUGGGGCUAUUUUAUACUGGGAGCUUCCGUUAAGCUACUGUGGUGACAAGGUUACUUCAUAUGGUGGAAACUUGCGUUUUACAAUAUCUUAUAUGUCAAAACCUUUUGAAAAGCCAUUGUAUGGGCCAGAUGUUAUAUUGUUGAGCAAUGGUACUCAGCUUGCUUACACAGAAGGAAAGGAGCCUCUUUCUGGAAUUCAACACCAUUUUCAAGUUAUUUUAGAUGAGAGAUUUUGGUUAAAAGGUGAUAAUGAGCAAGUUACAAGGGAAGAGUUUAUCAUUGCAUUAGCUAAUAUUCAAUCAUUUUUGUUACGAGCUACUUACAGCACUGAUAUAAUUGAAUCAAAUCUUUAUGAAGUGCGUCUGGAUGUUGUGGAAUAUGAUCCAAUGGUAUCCAAUAAUCAUGUUACAUCAAUGGUUGAAGAAUGUCUCUGUCCCCCAGAAUAUUUUGGAACAUCAUGCCAGCAUUGCAACAAAGGUUUUACAAAAGUGAAAGAUCUUCUGCUAAGAAAAUGCACUCCUUGCCAGUGCAAUAAUCAUGCAGAUGAUUGUGAUGGAAGCUCUGGAAUUUGUAGGAAUUGUUUACAUUUUACCACUGGUGAUCAUUGUGAGAAGUGUUUACCUGGUUACUAUGGUGACCCACGUUCUGGAAGGCAUGAUGCUUGUUUGAAAUGCCCUUGUCCACUAACUGUUGAAUCAAAUCAGUUUAGUUCAACUUGCUUGUUAGAUACAGAUGGAGAACCUACUUGUGAUGCAUGUAAAAGAGGAUACACAGGAAGAAACUGUGAAAAAUGUUUACAUCCAUACAUUGGAGAUCCAUUACAGCAAGGUGGAAGUUGUACAUCUCCUAAUGCUGGAUGUGAAUGUGACAUGAGAGGUGUAGAACAUUGUAAUAACUCAACAUGCCUCUGUAAAAAGAAUGUUAUUGGAGAAAAAUGCUCUCAUUGUAAACCAGGAUCUUUUUAUCUUCAUAAAAAAAAUAAAGAUGGCUGUCUUAAAUGCUGGUGCUUUGGUGUUACUGAUGUUUGUAAAAGUUCGGAAAACAUCAAUUUCAAUUUCAAACUUUUAAAUAUGAGUGGAGUUAAAAUCACAAACUUUGAAGAAACAAUUAAUAUUUCUAAAGGACUUUAUGUAGGAUUUUUAAAUGAAGCAGUUUUAAGUGAUUUACCUGAAAAUCGAUUACUUUAUUGGUCCUUGCCAGACUCUUUCCAUAAAGAAAAGCUUAUUGCUUAUGGUGGAGUUUUGUCAUACACCAUAUCUUAUGAAGAAAUUGGUUCUGGAUAUAUUGAUCUAAAACCUGAUGUCAUUAUAAAGGGAAAUGGAAAAUCUUUAGUUUACCAAGCUCAAACGAUAGUUUAUAGCAGAGAAAUAGCACAUAUGGAAGUUCCAAUCCAUGAGGAGAAAUGGACAAAGUUAUCAGGAGGAUUAGUCUCCAGAGAAGAAUUUUUGUUUGUUCUCUCAAAUAUUAGCAGUUUUUUGAUUCGUGCUACUUAUAACACAAGAAUAAAAAGUACAUUAUUAAGAAAUGUAUCAUUAUCUUGGCCUACAUCUAAUAAGUCUGAUGACUCUGUGAAAAGCAUAGAAGUUUGUGAAUGUCCAAUUGGAUAUAGUGGCACUUCAUGUCAGCGUUGUGCAACCGGCUUUUUUCGUUUCAUAACUCCUAAUGGCGAAUUAAGAUGUAAAAAAUGUCAGUGCAAUGGUCAUUCUGAAUACUGUGAUGAUGUUACAGGAAUAUGUACUGGUUGCAAAAAUAAUACUAAAGGUGAAAAAUGCAAUGAGUGCAAGCUUGGUUUUUUUAGUGAUUCAUCCAAUGGAGGAGAAUGCAAGCCAUGUUUUUGUCCUCUCAGCAUAUCAACUAAUCAGUUUAGCAAAUCUUGCACUGCUAUGAAGGAAGGAGGAUUUGUUUGUGAUACGUGCAAGACUGGAUAUUCAGGGCGCUAUUGCGGAGAGUGCGCUGUUGGCUAUACUGGUAAUCCUCUUACACCAGGUGGUACUUGCAAAAAAUCUGCAGUACGUUACACGUCUGAACCAUCUGUUAAAAUUACCCCUGAAAUUAGGAAAGAUCGCUUAGGUACAAUCUCAACUUUUCAUUGUAGUGCGACAGGAGAGCAACCACUUAUGAUACAAUGGUCUCGUAUAGACGGCAGACCUUUUGCAUCCAAUGUCAAAUUUGCUUCAACACCUACAUCUAAAACACUGACUAUAACGAAAAUUGAUCAUCUAGAUGAACAAACUUAUAUAUGCUCUGCCAGAAAUGAUUAUGGUUUGAGUUCUGCAAGGGCAGUUCUUAAUGUUGUGUCCCAUCGUCUACUGCCGAUUCGUGUAAGUGUUGUGCCGAAAUCUCUUUAUAUUGAGCAAGGAGGCGUUGCCCGAUUUAUUUGCAAUCACGAUAGCGAUUUAACAACUACUAUAACGUGGAGUCGCGAAGAUUUCGAAAAACUACCAGCCGAAGCCCUGGUAAAAAAUGGUAUUUUUACUAUAUCAAAUGUAAAUCAAGGUCAUUCGGGACUUUAUUCAUGUAGAGUAUCUAAUCAAUAUAGUUACGACCAAGUCAGUGUGCAGCUGAGAGUAGGAGUUUCUAUUCCGCCAAAAGUUGCGAUUUAUCCUAAUGAAGUGGUUUCAAAUAUAAACGAAGAUGUACAAUUUCGCUGCUCUUUUUCCGGGUACCCAACACCAACUAUUUCUUGGGAGCGUGAGACUGGAAAAUCUAUGUCUGGAAAUGUGAUUAUAGAAGAAUCUCUUUUACAAAUAAAAAAUGUACAAGUGGACGACGAAGGACAGUAUUUUUGUACUGCAAGUAAUCAAGGAGGCACAGUUUCCUCCCGAUCUGUUCUCUACGUCAGAGGACCAAAUAGUUUACCAAUCGUCAACAUAAUUCCAAGUGAGUUUCGUGUUCAAUCAGGAACAACAGUUUUAUUUUUAUGCAGCUAUUCUGGGAUUGUUUUAAAAUUAAUUUGGAGGAAAAAAAAUGGAAAUUUACCAACCUCUAGCGUGGUGCGUGAUCGUGAGUUACAUAUCCCAGCAACAGACUUAGCUGAUGAGGGUCAAUAUGAAUGUGUCGCAUCUAACCAAUACGGUGAGGUGAUCGCAAAAAGCAAUCUUUUUGUGGAACCUGAUCCAGGUUUCAAACCUAGAAUACAAAUUAAUCCAAAAUUUGUCUCAGUUAUUGAAGGUAGUUAUGCUGAAAUUCAAUGUAAUGUGACAGGUUUACCAUUACCAAUUGUGCUAUGGAGUAAACCUAAUGGUUUACUUACAAAUAAUCAUGUGAUUGAAGGAAGUUACUUGAAAAUUCUCAAGGUAUCAGCAGAUGAUAGUGGAACUUAUGUCUGUUCUGGUCAAAAUAGACUUGGAAGUGAUAGUUCAACAUCUGUUCUAUCAGUUGAGAGACGUAUGUUGCCCGAAAUUACCAUCAAUUCAGCAGUAAAUGUAAAUAGCUAUGUUGGUGAAAGUCUCACAUUUUUUUGUAAGUUACUUGGUGGCAUUCCUAAACCAACUUUAAUGUGGAAAACAUCUUCAGGCUAUCAGGUCCCAAGUUCACAGUUGAAAAAUGUAGAUGAUAGUCUAGCUUUAAAACUUUUUGAUAUCAAAAAAAGUCAUGAGGGAGAAUAUAUUUGUGUUGCUUCAAAUGCAGCAGGAAUACAAGAGAAAAAAAUAAACCUUACAGUAAAAGGUGAUGCUAGAGUUUUGUUUAAACCUCGUGGUUUAUACCGAGCUAAAAUUGGUGAUAAAGUUACCAUCAGAUGUUAUGGAUAUGGGUACCCUGCUCCAUUUAUUAUUUUAACAGUCCCAAAUUAUGAUAGCAAAGGCAUAUACAACAUAACUCAUAAUGAAGGUUACAUUGAGUUUACUUUUGUUGUUGAAUUUGUAUUGGCUGGUAACUAUACUUGUACAGGAAGAAAUUUGUAUGGAGAAAAACAUGAUUUUCUUUCACUUAUAGUGCGGAAAGAAGACGAAGCUCCUCUUAUUAGUAAACUACCUCAAAGUACCACAAUUAAUUAUCUCUCUACUUUUAAAAUGGUUUGUAAAGCUCAAGGAACUCCUAAUCCUAAAAUAUUUUGGACUAGAGGUCAAGCACAAAGUAAAAUAUCAAACAAACAUUUACUUCAAAUUGACUCUGUAGUAAUAGGAGAUGAAGAUGAUUAUCAGUGUCAUGCAGUAAAUCGUAAAGGAUCUGUUGUAUCUUCAACAAAAUUGGUUGUAAGAGUGAUGCCGACUGUGAAUAUUUUUCCACCAUCGAUAAUUGUAAAACAAGGACAUGGAUUUACAAUUAAAUGUUUAGUUAAAAGUAGAAAACUUUAUUCGAUUCAAUGGAGAAAGCAAGGUUUUACAAACUUAGUUCAAUUUUCUUCUAUUUUGUUUGGAGAUGAGCUUUUUAUAUUAUCUGCUAAUAAAGAUGAUGCUGGAAUGUACAUCUGUAUAUACAAAGAUGAUGAUAUUGAAUUGAAUUCAACUGCUAAUGUAACUGUAAUUGAACCUCCACUUAUUAUAGCAGCUAGUGAAACAGUUUUUAGAGUAAAUUUAAAUUCAAGUAUCACAUUAAAAUGUAAUGUGUCUGGUUACCCCUCUCCAUUUAUAAACUGGAUUUUCCCUGAUGGAUCAAAUGGAGCUUCUAAUUCUUAUGGAGAAUUUGCUUUGGUAAAUAUGACUAAGUAUGACCAAGGACAGUAUAAAUGUAGAGCAAGUAAUGUUGGAGGAUUUGCUGAGGAAACUUUUACUGUAUUAAUAAAUGAGUUGCCACAAGUUGUCAUUCUUGAAGGCACUCAUAUGUCUGCAAAUUAUGGCUCUCAUGUUUCUAUCACUUGUAAAGCUUCUGGUGUGCCUCUUCCAACAGUACAGUGGAGUAAAAGACAGGAAAACAUCACCAAAAAUAUUAAAACAGAAAAUGGAGUAUUAAAUAUUUAUAAUGUAACUUCUGAGCAUAGUGGAACCUUCCGUUGUGUAGCAAAGAAUGAUAUUGGUUCAGUUUUAUCUGAAGUUCAGUUGCAUGUUAAAGGUGCACCACAGGUUUCUGUCUUCCCUUCAUCUUUGUCUGUUAGCAUAAAAGAACUAGUUAAGUUCAGUUGUAAUGUAACAGGACAUCCAAAGCCAAAAGUUACAUGGUUAAAACUUAAUGGUGUUCUUCCAAAUCAAAUAUAUAUUUCUGAAGAUUUUCUUGUAAUACCUAGUGUAAAGGUAUCAGAUGCUGGUGUGUAUUUAUGCAGAGCAGAGAAUUUGCAAGGGACUGGAGAAGCAUCUGUCACCCUAAAAGUUUUGGAUUUUGUCCCUCACUUCUUUCAAGAAGAUUCUAUGCAAGUUUUUGAAAAUAUACCAAACACACAGUCCCAAACUAAAAUAAAUAUAUGGUUUAAACCUGACAAACCUGAUGGACUUUUAAUUUAUCGUGGUUCAUCUGUGAAAGAUUUUUUGAGUCUUAUUAUUCGCGAUCAUUAUGUUAUUUUCUGCUUUAAUCUUGGUUCCGGUUCUGCUAUUAUAAAAACAACAAAUCGCUUUGAGCUUCAUAGAUGGGUUUCAGUAGAAGCAAAGCAAGACCAGUCUAUUGGUUUCUUAAAAGUGAAUGAUGAUAAUCCUGUUUAUGGAAAAUCAUUGGGACGAUUUAAUGAAUUGAAUCUUGAUAAUGAACUUUAUCUUGGUGGUUACGAAGAUGUAACAAAAAUUGUUGCUAAUGUUGGAUUCAUCACCAGUUUUUCUGGAUGCGUUUCAGAAUUAAUUGUCAACAACCAAAGAAUAGAGUUUGUGGAUGCAAUAACAUCAAAAAAUGUUGCAUCUUGUAACACAUGUCAUGAUAAUCCUUGUAAGAACAGUGGCAUUUGUAAUCCUUCUAGAACAAAGUUUGGUUUUGUUUGCAUGUGUAUGAAAAAUUUUACCGGAGUUUAUUGUGAAGAUGAAGUUGAGCGGUGCUAUCCUGAUGCAUGUCUUUAUGAAGGCCAAUGUGUUAAUCAUGAAAAAAAUGGUUAUUCAUGCAAAUGUCUUCUUGGAAGAUUUGGAAAACGCUGUGCCCAUGGAUUUUCAAUAUCUGUUCCAUUAUUCAAUGAAAGUUCUUUUCUUUCAUUUCACAUACCAAACCUUCGUUCAAAAGUAUUAACAAUUUCCUUUUCAUUCAAAGUCCAGUCAGUAAAAGACUUUAAAGUGCUUUCUAUAGAACAGACUUUCCAAAACAAGUUUAAGUUUUUAAAUUUUGCAGUUGAAAAAGGAAGUUUGGUUUUAAAGUAUAACCUUGGAGAUGGAACUGUUAUACUGAAUAGUGAAAAAAAAGUAAUUUUAGACCAAUGGCUUGAAGUUCACUUUGAAUUAAAAGGAAAAUAUUCUUCUCUAUCAAUUAAUGGUCAGCAAGCUCUUAAAAAUGUGUCAAAUGGUCUUGAAGACUCACUUAACUUAAACACAAAUACAUUAGUUUAUAUUGGGAACGGUUUAAUUGGUUGCUUGAGACAGUUAGUUCUUAAUUCUAAAAAAAUUGACUUAUCAAAAGAAUAUGUUGCUGCAAAAAAUAUUUUGAGUUGUUAUAAAUUGGCUUCUCCUUGUUUGUCAAAAUCUUGUCUUAAUGGUGGUACAUGUGUUAUGGUUAGUGAUGAUGACUUUAUUUGCAAAUGUACUAAUUCAUAUGAUGGAAUUUUGUGUGAAAAGAAAAUAGGUUUGUGUGAAAAUUAUAUUGACUGUAAAAACAAUGGCAUUUGCAAGAAAACAUCUCAUGGAUCUACAUGUUUUUGUCCUUUAGGAUUCAGUGGUCUCUCCUGUCAACAAAGGGAAUUUUUAAAUAACUCUGCAAAGUUAACUCAAAACAGCUAUAUAUUGUUUCGGAAGGUCAGAAUAGUGGAGAAAAGCAGAAUUUCAUUCCUUAUAAAAACUGCACGUGAAGAAGGAAUGUUGUUAUGGCUCGGUCAGAAACCAGAUUCUGCAUUUAGUUCAGCAUUUAUGUUAGUAGGCAUCAAAAAAGGCACUUUGGAAAUACAGUUUGAAUUGGGAAGCAAACUAGUAAUUGGUUUCAGCAAAUUAAAAGUAAAUGAUGAUAGAUGGCACAGUAUUGGUUUAUUAAGACAAGGUUCAACUUUAAUUUGUAUGAUUGAUGAAAAAGAUAGUUUCACUCUAGAUGCAGGAGAAAUUAAUGUUAGCUUGGAUUUCUUUGCUUAUUUGUACUUAGGUGGAGGAAUAAGCACACGUUCGCUAUCGCAAGGAAAGUAUCUUCGAAGCUAUGAGGGUUGCGUCCAAAAUUUCAUCUUAGAUGGAGAUGUUAGUUUUGUAUUAGGUCCAGAUGAAGCCUGGAACAUACUACCUUGCGAAUGAUUAUGAAAUAAAAUUAAUGUAAUAAAUCAAAUAACUUUUGGUAUAAAUAUUAUUACUUUAAAUACAUCUUUAAAUUUGGUUUCA